CAGCCCUGCCGCCGCCUGCGACAACAGCGGGCAGGUGAACGCGGAAGCUGCUUGGAGCCUUGACGUUGACAGCCUUCCACUUCCAUCUUCCAUUCCUCAUUCCAGCCUCAACACCAACCUCGAACAACGAACCACGACUUCAUUUCUUGCGAUACCCAAUAGCAAAUCCAGCGCUAGAGAUACCAUCCCAGUCGCACAACCAAACAAGUUUAAUCCUCUCCAACCUAAACAAACAAUACGUAAUCAACACCGCCGCCUAGCUUAAGAGCAAACCGUCAAGAUGUCCCUCCGCAUCGUCCCCGCCGACUCCCACACCACAACCUUCACCCACCUGCGCUCCAUCGCCGCCCCCUCCGCCCCGGGGCUCCACGACACCCUCCGCUCCGGCCUCGCCCCGAACCCGCUCGACUCCGUCUCCUCCUCUUCUGGCGCCUCCACCGCCUCAGCAGUCCCCAUCUCCUCGCACCCCCUCGAAUCGCGCCUCAAGCAAUGGGAAGCCACGCGCGAAGCCUUGCGCAUGGAGACUCUUCGCCGCACCUUUGGCAUGGCGGAGCCUAUCCGCAGACAGAUGGAGUUGAAGAUUGUUCGGGAUGGGGAGUGGAAGCCGCUUGCUCUUGGCGGAAGUGUGGGAACGCUCGGUGGAAUGGGAAAUGUGCAUGAGGAGAUUCUGAUGGGACGGGAUGGGGAUAUCACGUGGGAGGAUGUGUUUACGGGCGAGGAGGGGAGGGCGGAGGUGAGCGUGCAGGAGGAGAUGGAGAGGAAGUUGAGGAUUUCGGCUUAGGCUUGGUUGGGGCUGAACAAGGCACGUUGAUGGAUAGGUUGAAUGGGUUAUGGCCACGGCAUGCUAGAGCUGGAACACACAAGAACUCGACAACGGAAUACGACUGCGAUUAGACAUCAGCUCCCCACACGUUCCACGUUUUGCAGGUUUAUUAUGCCAUGGACGGUUCUGGGCGAUGGGUGCCGAUCGGUUCAUGAAAGAUGGAUGGACAUUGAUACUGGCUCUGUCGGUUGCACAUCCCAAGCAGAGGUUUGCAGGCAGGUUUGUAGCCACAUGGAGCAGUCCAUCAUGGACCAAUAGAGCGAACGUCAAAAGGAGAU